AUGGACUCCAACGCCCCUCCACCAUGCCCUUUCUGCAAAAUUGCAGAAACAUAUCCUCCAACCGGGUUCAACGACCCGUCCUCACACCCAACACCAACAACAGAUGAAAUAACAUCCCACAUGAUCCUCUCAACGGAACAUAUCAUGGCCUUUCUCGACAUAAUGCCCCUCACUCGUGGCCAUGUCCUAGUCGCGCCGAGACAUCAUCAUCAGAUGUUGAGUGACAUGGGCGUUUUGGUUGGACAGGAGAUGGGCAAAUGGCUUCCGAUCCUGUCCAGAGUCGUUACAAAGACUGUCUUUGGGGAGGACCCUGACAGGCAUUGGAAUGUGGUGCAGAACAAUGGCGAAAGAGCAGCACAAGUCGUGCCCCAUGUCCACUUUCAUAUUAUUCCCCGCCCGGCAACAGGGGCCAAUCAAAGAUCUAGCUUUGCCAUGUUUGGUCGGGGCCAGAGAGAGGAAUUGGAUGAUGAUGAGGGCGAGGCUCUUGCCCGUGAACUGAGACUCGAGCUUGUCGAGGAGGUGAAGCGAAUCCAGAGGGAUGAGGGUGUGGAUCUAACGCAGGGGUUGGUUCUGGAUGCGAGCACUAGAGGGAAACUGUGA